AUGUCGCAAGCACAUUUGAAAAACAGCCCACGAGGCGAAGCUCAAGUAUCCGAGUCCAGUAUCCUCCUAUCAACGUCAGCAGCCGAACCGCCUAUGCAGCUGCUCGAUAGUGUGAGCUUCGAUGGCAUGUUCACAAAUGAAUCCAUGGCGGCAGACACUUUCGCGAACUACAUUGCGUUCCUGUCAUCAAAUCAGACUGGCUUGCAAGAUGAGCGAAGCCAUGAACUUCAGAAUUGGAGCAUGAUGACUGAUCCUGCUCAGCAGCAGUAUUGCGCUUCACUCAUACCCGGCAUCGACGAGCAAUCUGAAGUCAUCCAAUUUCCAAAUAUCAGAACCAAAAGCGCCGAACCUAGAGACACCAUCGGUGGGCCUCUUGAUUCAACCAGCCCUGCCACUGCGACCAGUGAUAUGGGGGAUAUUACAGGCAACGAACGCCCGACAGCAGAAAGCCCCCAAGUUCGAAAACAGCGGAGACAAAAUCAUUCGUGUGAUCAAUGCCGGUCAUCAAAGAAGGCCUGCGACUUGCCGUUGACGGUUCGAAUCAGCCAUAAGAGUCCUUCGACCAGUUGUUCAACAUGCGAUAACCGUGGAAUGAGAUGCACAGUGACUUGGCUGGCAGGCAGGAAGUCGAAAAGAGAGGCCAAAAAGCGGGCGAAUAUGGUUUCUAACGUGGCUGAAGCAGGCGACAUAAAUGCCGAAGAGCAACCUGCAUAUCGCUUGCGGCCUCCUAUCCCGGAGGGCAUAUCAGCAGUGGAAACAAAUCUCUCCAGGCAGCUCGAUUCACGCAAGCUAGGUCUCCAAUAUUUCAAUCUUUAUGUCGAUGUGUGUGAUGUGCCCAUCUCUGAAUGUCUCCUGCAGGGUAGCAUGCCGCCCCAGUACAAUAUGGGUAUUGCGGCUUUGGCACCGUUGAGUGGAAGUCGGAAUUUGGCGAUUCAUUUGAAAAUAGCGAAAGAGUGGAUAAAUAGUUGUUGGGAAACGGUGUCUGACGAAGAUCUUUGGUCUUCUAGCGGGGCAUCACCCCAUGCAUUUCGCACAGUCGCUCUAUUGGACGCCAUAUUCCAUUGCAAAAUCUACAAUGAAGUCCCGCACGCGGUCGCGUCACUGCGUGACGCAUCGAUCAAUGAUACAUACAAAUGGGUUGCCAUUGCCACUGCAUCGCAAUUCACCAUCGAAGGAAAUCAUUCGUCAAGUUAUAGCCGUGACCUUGCCACCGCUGCUUGGCGCAAAGCCAGAGAGAUGAUAUUUGAAAAUAUGGCGGCCACCGACUCAUUCCGACACUCCUUGUCGAUGGCAUUGUUUGGGCUAAUUAUCUGGCCGAAAAUAAGCCCCGAGGAAGACUAUUUCUCUGAAAGAGAUUCUGUAUACGUACUAUGCGAAGGGAUUCGUCGCCUUGACUCGCUCUGUGCCGAGGCAACCAGACAUCUUGAAGAUGUCGAGGACAACUCCCUAUAUUCAGCGGGAGAAAGGUCUUGCAAAUUGGCGCCGGAUGAGAAAGAAAAGAUUGUCGAGUUAAUCGGUGCAAUUCAAUGGCUGGCCAAUUUCACAAACGAUGCGGUGAUUGCCACUUCACACGGAGCGAUUUGCCCAAUGCCUAUUAAAGCCAUUAUUGAUAUCAAUCCUAAAGGCACUCGGAGAACUAUGCGGUCUCUUCAAGCGCCGGAUCUAGCGACUUCAGUCAAUGCACAAAAAGAUCAGGACAUAGAAAAUUCAAUUUUUUCCCGGGCUAUGACACAGCGGCAGACCCUGAUGGCCCUCGAAUGCAGCAGCAGAAGUUUUCAUACAGUGAAAGAUGCCGUGAGAAAUUCAGCUCUGUUGCUUAUUCUACUCUGGAGGGCCGUGGCAUCUUUUAUGCUGGUUGCUAAGAGUGUUCGUACUGGAAAGGCCGACUACAAAAUCAUCGCAUCGCGCUACGAGGCAACAAUGAACCUCGUGGUACUGUGGAGAUCAAGUUUCGGUAUAUUUGACGGCAAAUCGAUCGAAUCUCUUCAACAGUCUUCAUCCGAAAUUCGACGUAUAUUUGCAUUUUGCGUGAACGAUGGUGAUCUAGGUGUUCUUCUAUUCCACGAAACUAUGCAGAAUCUCGAGAAGGACCUUGCAGGGAGGCCCCUGACAUCAGAGAAGACUAGUCUCUGCGAUAUUCUUGAUUCCACUCGAUCUUGUCUUCAAAGCCAAAGAUCCAUGAGUGCAGUCCAAAUUUCGACACUUGCCGCCAUAUGCGGGAGAGUAUCGAGCGCUGGGAUUCAAGGUAAUGGUGGGGCAAAGUUCAAUGUUCAGGAUAUUGGAGCACGUCCCAACCCGGUAAUGGUUGUGCAAGCACAAACACUUUCUGCAAGGGCCUUUGCCGAUGACGUGUCUGGUCGAGUCCGCGAAAUGGAUAUGAGAGGGGCGUCAAAAACGGCGAGUAGAUUGGAGACGUGCCUUGGAACUUUGCAAGACCUUCAUAAAUCUCUUACCACCUUUCCCAACAUUUCAGUUGCGGCAUGA